UCCUGCGAGCCGGAAGUGGCGGGGCGAGGACGGCUGUGUUGAGUCUGGAGAUUCGCUUGGGGGCCGUGGCCCGUCGGUUUCGGGGUGUCAGGCUGUAGAGGACUGUGGCACAGGAGCUGGCGUACAUGGAGGAAGAGCAGGAUGCCAGUAUCCCAGCACUGGAACCAUUUAGGGUGGAACAGGCACCACCUGUAAUCUACUACAUCCCCGACUUCAUCUCCAAGGAAGAGGAGGAGUAUUUGCUUCGACAGGUUUUCAAUGCUCCAAAGCCAAAGUGGACCCAACUGUCUGGGAGGAAGCUUCAGAAUUGGGGUGGGCUCCCCCAUCCCAGGGGCAUGGUCCCUGAGCGACUGCCUCCAUGGCUCCAACGCUGCGUGGAUAAAGUGUCUGAUCUCAGCCUUUUUGGGGGUCUCCCAGCUAAUCAUGUCCUCGUGAACCAGUACCUGCCUGGGGAGGGCAUUAUGCCCCAUGAGGAUGGACCGCUGUACUACCCAACUGUCAGCACCAUCAGCCUGGGCUCUCACACUGUGCUCGACUUCUACCAGCCACGGCGGCCGGAGGAUGACCACCUUGAGGCGCCCCGGCCGCCGCCACAGCCCAUCACCUCGUUGCUGCUGGAGCCGUGCAGCCUGCUGGUGCUCCGGGGCGCCGCCUACACGCGCCACCUGCACGGCAUCGCGGCCGCGCGCGUGGACGAGCUGGACCCCGCCUCGCCGCCGCCCAACGCCGCCGCCUGCUGCUCGGCGCUGCCCGGAGCCCGCCUGGUGCGCGGUACCCGCGUCUCGCUGACCAUCCGCCGCGUGCCCCGCGUGCUGCGUGCCGGCCUCCUGCUCAGCAAGUGACCAGCGAGCCCCAGGUCCAGCUCCGAUUACCCGGCUCCUCCACGCUUCGGUGACUUUGGAACCCUCGGACAGAGGUGGCGCUCCUGGGUUACGUAUUCUCCCAGUAACUGGGAAGCACGGGGAAGACCCCAUUCUAAAUAAACCAAAAAUCUCUCUCUGGUUUUA